AAAUGAGGCUAUAUACAUUUCAACGUUACAUUAUAUCUUUCUCUCACUCUUUCUCUUCUUUCAUUUUCUCUCUCUAACGGCAUUUGUCACAAAUUUCUUCUUCUUUUUCUUCACCGUCAAACACACCGUUUUCAUCGAUCUAUCCGUCUCAUUUCUCUUUCGUUUAUAGGUUUUUUGGAAUUAGAAGCUGCAGUGAUGUCUCCUGCAUGUAAGUCCAAGUCAAAGGAUAAAAAGGUGAGUAAGGAACCACCCAAAGUUGCUUCAAGUGCAAAUGCAGGCGCUGGGGUUCCCACCAGUGGAUACAACCCUCUUUUGGGGACAUUUCAUGCACUUGACACAGCUCUGGUGACUUCAAAUGCUGCUCGUUUCAGAAACAUUGAUGAGACAGAUGACUUUAGUGGGCACUCUCAUGGAGCUGGUGGAGAGUAUGAAACUGUUUCCAAUAAUGGUAGCUGGUCUGGUGAGUCUGAGGACCAUAAAGAGAAAACUUCUAAUCUUCCUCUCCGACAAGAGACAUUACUUGGCGCUGAUAAUGACAAGCGGGAAAAAAUCCGUCAGAAAAACGAAAAGAAGCAUCAACGUCAGAAGGAGAGGCGAGCACAAGAGUUGCAUGAGAAGUGUAGUGGCUAUGUCAUGUCGAGAAAGCUUGAAGCACUAGCUCAGCAGCUUGUGGCUAUGGGGUUCUCCUCGGAACAGGCAACUAUGGCUCUUAUUCUGAAUGAAGGCAGAGUAGAAGAAUCAGUAGCAUGGUUACUUGAAGGCGGCGAAGAGGCAAACAAAGACACGGACAAUAUUGAUACUGGGGGUAAUUUGAAAAUUGACAUAUCAGAAGAGCUUGCUCGCAUUGUGCACAUGGAAAUUAGCUAUAAGUGCUCCAAGCAGGAUGUGGAAAAAGCGGUAGUGGCCUGUGAGGGUGAUCUUGAGAAGGCUGAAGAGAUGUUGAGAUCACAAAAGCAGGAGCCCCCCUCUGAGCCGCCCAAGCCAGAAGAAACUGUAAAAGUAUCUGUAAAACCUUCAUCAUCUAGUACAAUACCAGCAAAGAGAGAUGAUAAAGACUUCAAUCAUACUAAAGCUGUUGUCACAGCAGGGCCUUCUAUGGAUUCUGGGAGCCAAAAUAGACCCUUGCUGAAAAGGGCUCAGCCGAAAUUGGACUGGGCCAAGCCACCUCAAGUGCCUGUACCCGUUGACAAAAGGUGGCCGAAUGCAGGAUCAAAUCCUUCUGUUUCCUAUUCUGUGGCGUCUUCUGUGCAGGUGUCACCUCCACCCACCAAGAUAGAAGGCCCCCGUUAUGUGGCUAUUGGAAAUGAAUUGAAGAAUCUACAAAUAGGAACUGUGAGAGAACCAGGUAUGUUCAUGCAACGAACCCAGUCUACCAAUGCCAGGCAAACUCUCACCUCAAAUGUAAGCUCAUCUCCUCGAGGAACAGCAGGGUCGUGGUAUCCUAAUUAUAGUGUUGAAACAGUGACACCCAAUGGUAUGAUUCCACAUGGUGUCAGCACUAACCAAUUGUACAACCAACUUCAUUAUCAGCAGCACCAACAGCAAGAGCAAUUUGUUUCCAGCAAUGUCACUCUCGAAUCUCCAGGGGCUAGCCGUGGAAAUGGUUUGUGGAGUAGGACAGGUGUAGCACAGACACAAAUGAUUUCUCCAGCUACCUCGCUUGGACUCUUCUCCGGGCUGGGGACCGAUGAUUCUUUUGGGCUGUCACCUCCUGUUGACUGGGAUACCAGUGUUGUCCCGAUGGUGCAGCUAGAUUACAACAACAUAGACUGGAGUUUACAUCCCGAUCUGUCAUCAUCAAGAACAGGUCGUAUGUGGCCAACAACAAAAUCGUUUUUCCAAAACAAUGCUCAUACAUAUGAUACAUUUACCCCUGAACUCGCUGUAAAUUCUACCGGAAGACCUGUUCUGGGCAAUGGGAUUGGUGUUGCGAUCCGUGGGUUGCAGGAUGGAGCUGGUACAGCAGAUGCCUUGGUGGGUCGUUCUCGGGAGUGGACUUCUCCCUUUGAAGAGAGUGAUCUUUUUAGCUUACCAAGACAGUUUGUUUCUUCUCCCUCUCUGUAGUAGGGGUGGGGAGUUUUGGUGGGUGAGUGGGGGGUUUUUUGAGGGGGUGGGGUGAUUAUUUGACUGAAUAAACAAGAAAGAGAUUUAAAAAAAGAAAAAGAAAAAAGAAAAGGACAGUGAAUGAGCUUGGAUUUGGUGUUUUGAUGUUGGCUCUUAUGAUGCAUUUGCCCUCUGAUAUUUUGAUCAAUCAUAGUGAAAAAUGCAUACAGUCGUUUGGUU